AUGAAAGAAUAUCAGUUCCCAUGUUGUGAUCUUGACUUUUGGGGCUAUUUUACGGUAUGUCUAUUGUUGGUGGCUCUGGCAGGCAUUGCAUCUGGCCUUGCUCUAGGACUACUGUCCUUCAGCCUAGUUGAUCUUGAGGUCCUCAUUAAGGCAGGUCUUCCAAAAGACAGAAAGAAUGCAGAAAGGAUUAGACCUUUGGUAAAGAAUGGACAUUUUGUCCUGUGUACCCUUCUUCUAGGAAAAUCACUGGCUAUGGAGGCAUUGCCAAUUUUUAUGGACUCAAUCAUCCCUUCUUGGUUUACUAUUCUCAUGUCGGCACCCUUGGUGACUGUGUUUGCAGAGAUUUUACCUCAAGCUAUAUGCUCUCGACAUGGACUGACUUUAGGAGCAAAAAUGGCUCCCCUUGUUCAACUGCUUCUGCUGAUCUUCUUCCCUAUAACCUAUCCUGCUAGUAAGGUGCUGGAUUGGGGUCUAGGGAAAGAACAUUCAGUUCUUCUCAGAAGAUCAGAAUUGAAGACAUUUGUGGACUUACAUGCAAAUGAGGCAGGGAAAGGGGGAGAAUUGUCACAUCAUGAAACUUCUAUAAUCACAGGUGCUAUAGAUUUGACUCAGAAGACAGCUAAAGAUGCAAUGACACCCAUAUCUCAAAUUUUUUCUCUUGAUAUAAAUUCUAAACUUGACAUGCAUACAAUGACACAAAUAAUGAGCAAAGGUCACAGUCGAAUACCAAUCCAUUCUGGGCACGCAAGAAGUAUCAUUGGCCUCAUAUUGGUUAAAAACUUGAUAUUCUGCCGCCCUGAAGAUGAGACACCCAUAAAGAAUUUGAUUAUUAGGAAAAUUCCAAGAGUUUAUGAAAGUUGGCCACUAUAUGAGAUAUUGAAUCAAUUCCAGAAGGGUCACAGUCACAUGGCUAUUGUCUUGAAAUCCAACAAAGACACAGAGAAAUCUGAUUCUUCCUUUGUCCUUGAAAUGAGUCAGAGAAGUUCUGUACAUGAAUCCUGUUUAAACUCCAGUGAUGCGGAAUUUCAUAGUCCAACAUUAAGAAAUGUCAUGGAACUAGACAGUGAAGCGAGUCAAGAAAAUGAAUAUUUCUCACAGGAACAAAUAGAUUCUCUUCCAGAUGUUAUAGAUGAAGAGGUUAUUGGCAUCAUCACAUUGGAAGAUGUCAUGGAGGAACUGUUACAGAAAGACAUAUUGGAUGAAACUGAUGAAUAUGUUCACGUUCAAAAGAAGUGAGUAAAUUUGCAUUGAAUUUUGAUAUUACCUCCUUCAUUUCUG